AUGGAUAAGGAAGAAAUGCCCCCAGUUGAUUUCGACAAAGAAAAAAAAUUAUCUUCCCUACAACGUCACUUAGCAAAACGCAUCCACGAGUUGAAUUUAAAACGCGCUGUUCGUAUGAUAGAAAUCCGAAAAACCAAUCGUUGGAUGGCAACAGGUUUAUUCGCCGGAGUGUUUGGAAUUUAUUUUUACACUAUUCACGCAGUUAAGCAGGAGAAAUUUUUGGACGAUUUUGAGCUCCCUGAGACUGUUUCUACAGAGCAGGCUUAG